AUGUCAGCGAUGGCAUCCGCUGGCGAUGGUGGCGACACAGCGAUGCCGCCUGUUGACUCGUCGACUGCGGGCGAAGCGAGCCCGGCAGAUCCUUGUUUUACAAGUGCGUCAGCACGCCGCUUCGAUCGGCGUCUUGCGACACUAAAGAACCAUCACUUGCACUCUUUGCAUGCGAUCCGGCAUUUCCUCCGCACACACAGCAGCUACGAUGUGCUUCCCGUGUCAUUCCGCCUCGUUGUUUUGGACACACAACUGAGUAUCAAGUCGGCCAUCGACGUCAUGUUCCAGUCAGGUGUAGUCUCUGCGCCACUCUGGCGGUCGACCCUGAACGAGGACACACUGGAUACAUCCAAGCGACCUGGAUUCGCAGGCAUGAUCACUGUGAAUGACAUCAUCCAUCUGAUCCAGUACUAUCAUUACACGGCGGCUAAUUAUGACACAGCCAAACUGGAUGUAGAGACGUUGCGUCUCGAGCGACUCAGAGAAAUUGAGCAUGCACUGAAUGUGCCGCCACCACCGCUCCUGUGGAUUGGGCCAUUGUCGCCGCUGACAGAGGCUGGUGAACUGCUUGUUCGUACGCAUGCACGGCGCUUACCGCUCCUCGACUACAACGAAGAUCUGCGUGUGGAGUCAGUGCUGAGUGUCUUGACGCAGUACCGCUUGCUGAAGUUUAUUGCCAUGAACUGCCGCGAGACAUCUGGCCUCAAGGCCAGCAUCGGCUCUCUAGGGAUUGGCACCUACACGUAUGCACACCAGCUCGAGCGGAAGCAGCGGACUCCGCAUGCUCGGCUGCGUAUGCAAAGCGAGACGCCACCACCACCUGAUGCCGGGCCUUUCUGGCCCCUGCUCACUGCGACGCUUGAUACAACCGUCUUUGAUGUUGUGCACAUGUUCAGCGAUAAUGGCAUCAGUGCCGUGCCGAUCAUCGAUGACGAAGGCGACGUCGUUGACAUCUACGAGUCGGUUGAUGUGAUGACGCUGCUCCGAACAGGUGCCUAUUACCAACUAGAUCUGACCAUCCGCCAGGCGCUGGAGCGCCGCCCCGCAGACUACGCCGGCAUUGUAUGCUGCUCGUCUGAUGACUCACUCGCAAGCAUCUUUACUGUCCUGAAGCAGCGCCGCAUGCACCGAAUGCUUAUCAUCGAUCCUGUAUGUACAGAGAGCGAGCCGCCGACACCUAAUACGUCGACGGAGUCACUCGUCGAGGAAAAUGUCGCGUCGAUUCCGCUGUGUCCUAAGAGCCGUCUUGUUGGCGUGCUCAGUUUGUGUGAUGUGCUGCGUUAUAUCAUCGGCCAGCCGACGCAACCUGUGGAUGUAACACCACUUCCCGGCUCCACAUCCGACGCUCAUUUCCCUCCCUCUAUUUCCCACACGGCCUCGGUCUCUGCCUCUGUCUCUGCCUCUGCCUCUGCCCCUACUUCAUCCACAACUACAUCUAUGACUUCAUCCACUAACACAUCUACGCCCAUGCCAUCGUCAUCGUCUUCCACCACGUCCCCAUCUCCUGACAUGGGGUCUGUUAUGAAAACCGGUACCGACACCGACACCGACGCCGAAUCCGGCGCGAACGCUCAGACUUUUGUCCCUUCAAUGAUGAACAGAUCGCCUAGUGAGAGCUCUGGCUCUAGUGUUGCAACCACGACUUAUGCUGGCCACAUACCCCAAACUACGCCAUUUUCCUAG